CUGCCGUUUCCACCGACUUGUCAGAUCCGUCUCUCCUCUCUACACCCUCAGCUGAAUGACCAGCCUCCUCCGAUCAGACCAGGGGGAUCUGCUCUCCGCUCCCAGUUCUCAUCCCCUGCCUGCUCUCUAACAUCCUCCCCCCCCAGGAUUAUUAUUACCGAGCGGUGACAGCUUCCUCGCGCAGAGCCUCGCAGAUCAUGCCCCCUAGAUAGCAGUCUCAUCAUCCUCUCCACUCCCCCCUCCCUUGCCCCUUCCUCUGCAUUCCUGGUCCAGCACCACCACUGCCAGCUUCACCGCCGUAGCCACCAUGCCCCCCAGGAAGAGGACGCGGGCGGGUCUGGGCUUCCUGUGCUGCUUCGGCAGCAGCGAGCCCCCAGAGAUCAACCUAAAGGACACAGUGCCACUGCAGCUGCUGGAAUUCAGCUCCCCGAUGCCGCCAGCAGAGGAACUGAAUGCACGCUUCUCUGAACUGGUGGAUGAACUGGACUUGACUGACAAGAACAGAGAGGCCAUGUUUGCUCUGCCUGACGAGAAGAAAUGGCAGAUCUACUGUAGCAAGAAGAAGGAGCAAGAGGACCCCAACAAGCUGGCCACCAGCUGGCCUGACUACUACAUUGACCGCAUUAACUCCAUGGCGGCUAUGCAGACAUUGUUUGCCUUUGAUGAGGAGGAAAUGGAAAUGAGGAACAAGGUGGUGGAAGACCUGAAGACGGCACUCAGGACUCAGCCAAUGAGGUUCGUCACACGCUUCAUCGAACUCGACGGACUCACCUGCCUGCUCAAUUUCAUGCGCAGCAUGGAUUACGAGACGUCGGAGAGCCGUAUCCACACUUCAGUCAUCGGCUGCAUCAAGGCGCUGAUGAACAACUCACAGGGGCGCGCACAUGUUUUGGCCCAUCCUCAGAGCAUCAACACCAUCUCUCAGAGCCUGCGGACGGAAAACAUUAAAACCAAAGUGGCAGUGCUGGAGAUUCUGGGAGCUGUUUGCUUGGUACCUGAUGGACACAAGAAGGUGCUGCAGGCCAUGGCGCAUUACCAGAAAUACGCUGCUGAGAGGACUCGAUUCCAGACACUCCUGAAUGAGCUGGACAGAAGCACUGGUCGCUACAGAGACGAAGUCAACUUGAAGACGGCCAUCAUGUCCUUCAUCAACGCAGUGCUCAACGCUGGAGCGGGAGAGGACAACCUAGAGUUUCGUCUUCACCUGAGGUACGAGUUCCUGAUGUUGGGCAUUCAGCCGGUCAUCGAUAAGCUCAGAGAGCACGAUAACGCCACUCUGGACAGGCAUUUGGAUUUCUUUGAGAUGGUGAGAAAUGAGGAUGACUCUGAGCUAGCCAAAAGAUUCGAUAUGACCCAUGUAGACACAAAGAGUGCUGGCGCCAUGUUUGAACUAAUCAAGAAGAAACUGAGCCACACAGAUUCCUACCCACAUCUUCUCUCAAUCCUUCAGCAUUGCCUGCAGAUGCCAUAUAAACGUGGAGGCUGCAGUCUGCAGCACUGGCAGCUUUUAGACAGGAUCCUUCAGCAGAUCGUCCUGCAAGAUGAAAAAGGAGAGGAUCCCGACGUCUCCCCGCUCGACAACUUCAGUGUUAAGAACAUUAUUCGCAUGCUGGUCAAUGAAAACGAGGUAAAACUUUGGCGAGAACAGGCCGAGAAGUUCAGGAAAGACCAUGCAGAGCUAAUGGCUAAACUGGAGAGGAAAGAGAGGGAGUGUGAGACAAAGACCCAUGAGAAGGAGGAGAUGAUGAAGACUCUGAACAAGAUGAAGGACAAGCUGCAACGUGAGGGUGUGGAACUGCGUUCAGCGAGAGAGCAAGUGCUUGACCUCUCGUCACGCAUCAAUGACAUCUCACAGGGUGGCAGUGUCUCCAUGCUGCCUCCACCUCCGCCCCCUGGAGCACCAAUGCCUCCACCUCCUCCACCUAUGUCAGCUGGCAUUCCGCCACCACCGCCUCCACUGCCGUUCAGCUGUCCACCUCCACCGCCGCCACCUCCUCCGCCAGGGGGGCCGCCUCCUCCACCCGGGGCCCCUCCUCUUUUUGGAGCACCACCCCCUCCCAUCCCUUCAUCAUUCAACUCCAUGAACACAAUGCGGUCAAAGUCCAUCCCUCAGCCUUCUCAUCCGCUAAAGUCCUUCAACUGGAGCAAGUUAGGAGAGAAUAUGAUCAACGGCACCAUCUGGAACGAAAUUGACGACCUGAGGGCAUUCAAGAUUCUCGACCUGAAGGACAUAGAGAAGAUGUUCUCAGCGUAUCAGAGACAGCAGGACCUGCUAACUAACCAAUCCUUCAAACAGAAAGAAACGGGCUCUAUGGAUGACAUCUAUGUGAGCACACGAAAGGUCAAAGAGCUUUCAGUCAUUGACGGCAGACGUGCUCAGAACUGUGUCAUCCUGCUUUCAAAGUAAGAGGUCCAGUUAGAAAAGCUGCUUAGCAUAAACUGA